CAUGUAAAUUAUAAACCAUUCCCAGGAGCGCCAAUUGCAAAAGUUCGUUAACAUUUUCAAUUCAAAGCUUCAGUCCCUGCAACUCAGGGGGACUUGAAAUGAGAACUCGGUUCCUCUGCACCGAUUACUCCGUCUCAUCUGUGAUCCAAGCCACAGAUUUCCUCCGCCUCCCUCUUCCUCACCUCCCGCUUUCUUCCUCCUCUGAAUUCGAAGACCUUCAUCGUUUCGACCAACUGUCCAUUUUCAGCAUCGACCUUGGAAUCAAACAAUUACCGAUUGAAAAAGCUCUGUCUAAGUUCCUCUCCGAAUCCUUCCCCAACUUCAUUGAUGUUGAAAUUUGUGAUUUCGAUAAAGCUCCAUCUCACUCCGAAAAAGCCGCCUCUAGCAAGCUAACAAGUUCCAUUUCCAACCAAAAUGCUGAGGAAGGCAGUAUUCUCAUUGAUGGUAAGCAAGACACCAUAUUUGACAGUCUACAAUAUGAGAUUCCAGAACUCCAUUCGAUCUUGCUUCCAAUGCACAAAUCUGCCUUUUAUUUUGAAGACAUGAGGAUUCUUACUGACAUUUCCUUUGCUGAAAAGAAGGAAAUGCCCAGUCCUGAAACCAUGUUGCAAUAUCCCCUCUAUAGUCCACAAUCAAUUUAUGCAGUUGAUGAAAUCCACUCACCUACUUUUGUGGAGAGAAAGGUUGAUUAUCUGGAAGAUGGUGGCUCUAUUCAGGGGCAAUAUCUUUCUCUUACUACCCAGUUUCCCCUCUUUGAAGUUGAUGAAGCAGGUUUGGGCAUUUUGAGUGAUAUACCCACAAAAAAUCGGCUUCUAAUUUUUGGAAGUAUUGAAAUCCAGUACUCGAUGGGAGGUGAUGGAAUGAGUAACUCAGAAGGGCUAUUGGAUUCUAGAAAUGUUGAUUUUUUAGAAUGUGUGUCAGAUCAGUGUUUACUGGCAAACAGAUUCAAGAUGGAGAUACCUUUUUUGAAUUACUCCUUUGAAGCAGAUAUUAUAAGUUUCUUAGAACAAAGAGAGAACUCAGAUGGUGGUUCAAUUUGUCUGAGAAGUCCAAUGAUAUUUGAGGAAUUACAGUUAUUUGAUUCAUCAUGCCCUUCUCAUUUUAGUGAAGUCUUAUCUGAUGCAAAAUUGAAGAUUGAGAAAGAAAUGCCUCUAGAAGCUACAAGUUUAAGGAGCUUUGAUGAAUUAGUUGUUUGCCAGGAGCUCACUAUGAUUGAUAGCUCUUUCAAAUCAUUGCCUGUGCCUCUAUUUCCGGACAAAGAAAAAACAAGGUCAUUACAUUCGCAUGUUGAGGAAAUAUUAUUUGAGUUGGAUACACUGCAUUUUUUUGUGUCUGAUGAUUUAUAUUUAGAUUGGCAUAUUCUAGAAGAAGUGAAUCAUACCUGUAAUGCAGAUUCUCUCUUUUCAAAAGUCUUGGAGGAUGUUUACAACAUUGAUUCUGCUUUGGAGUUGGGUGAUAGUGAGAAGCUGGUAUAUGAUUUUAUUCUCUCUGGUGAUUCUCCAAAGGCGUCAAACAAAGAAGAAAACAAAGAAAUACUGCAUAUAAAUAUUAAUGACAUUCCAGAAUUUCCGUUGCCUUUGGGUGAAAAAUCUUCUAGUAAGUUGCACAUCAGUCGAAAUAGAGAGGCAUCAACUGGAGGGGAAUCAUCCAAAAUUGUUGCCAAAAAUAUUUCUUUACUUGCUGGAUCUUUCUCCCAGUUCAAUGACCUAGAUUUCCUUUUAAAUCCUCAAGACUACACAAGAGGGAAAGAACAUAAACAAACUAAUCAGAUACCUGAUUUUGGUGCUGUGGACUGGAACAACUCUGACUCCCAGAAAAAGAAUCCUCAUUCUCUUUCAUCCCUCGGUGGAAGUGAUAAGUUGGAAAAGCAGCAAAGUUUUAUUUCAGUGGAAAAUAAUUAUGAUUCUGGAUGUAUAGAAACAUUCGGUGGAGAUGAAGUUUGCUCUACGAUGCUUCCUCAAUGUGCUCCAUUCGAUAGAUCAGAGCAAGUUCACACAAAUGACUACUCUUUCCCUGACACUAUCAUUGUUGUGAACACACAAAACUUUGACAAACAAAUGGUAAUAUCCAGGAGAAACACAUACCAAAAGAUUCUUGCACUGGAGAAGAAAGGAGCUCAAGUUAUAGAGCGUGACUUACAUCAUCCUGUUGAUGUCAUAAUCAGUGCUGCCAUUUGCAUUGCAUGGUAUGACUGCAAAAAUAUUGCAAAGAAAGCUACUUCCUCAGAUGAGGCCUUUUCAUGCUUGCCGCUAUGUGUAGAAAAUAUUGCAGCAAGUAUUUUAACAUCGCUAAGCUUUGCUUUUAGUGGCUGUAUACUGGUCUUUGAGGGAGAGAACAGUUUCCUAGAUGGGAUUAUGGAGUCGUCAGAUGAGCUAUAUGCUGCAGCAGCUAGCCUGGGAAUUGAUAUACAGAUCUUCUGCUCAUAUUGUUCUGAGAUGACUGAAAAUAUCAUAUUAUCUUGCAUUGAAGCUGAAUCAAGGACAAAUAGAGGCCUGUUUCCUAAAGUGUCCGAGUUAGAGACGUUGGCAGAAUCUUUCCUUACUAUGUUCCCUUCAAUCAAUCCACUUUCAGCUCAUGCAAUAUUGUCUUCAGUGAGCAUGCUUCUUGAGUUUCUUGAAUGGUCACCUGAACAUAGAUUUCAUGUAGUUCAAAAGUAUCAGGUUUCUUAUGAAAGCAUUUCAUUACUAAGUGCUUUGAGUAGAUAUGGGGAGCGUGAGGAGUCUAAAUCAGGAAUGACAGAAUGCUCUUCUUCAGUAUCUUCUGUUCCUGGCUCAGAGCCUCUUCAUUUUGGAAGCAACUCUGGGAUGAGAAAAAGAAAGUAUGCAGGGAAUCUUCAAGAUCUUGAAGACAGUCUCCUCUGCACAUCUGACCCCAACUAUUCAUGGAUUUCAGAAAAGACAGAUAUAUUUGAUGAGCUUGGGAAGUCCAGUUUAUCUUUUGACAAUAACUUGUUUGGUCAACCCCUUGGAUUGGAGACCAAUAUGACAAUGAAUCCUCAUAAUUCAUCUCAACCCUACGAUUUUCAGAUAGCAAGAGAUCCUGAGUUGGGAGAUGAAAUGAAUAAAGCUGAUGUUAUUUCCAUUGGUGCAUGUUUUCCUCCAAGACAAACAUUGGAUGGAUCUGCUAUCAACAAAAUGGAUAGACAAAGUGGCAAGGAUUCUAGAAAUGCAUAUAAGGAUUUUAUAGGUGAAGUCAUUGACAUUGAGGACACACAUGCAGUCAGUAAAAAAAUCUCUACUGCAAAUUGUGCGUACUUGUCACCUUUGCUGCAUGAAGUGGAUCAGGACUUGACCACACGAAUCCCUAAAGCUGCAAGAAAACUGUCUUUUGGUACAAGCAACCUUUCCACUUUUCCUACCUCUGAUAAAAUUGACUCUUGCUCAGAUGUUUGGAUUUCUAUAAGAGAUCAAGGACAAAGCUCCAGAGAAAGGAUUAAUUGGCAACCAGGAAUUGGUAUUAACAGAAAUAGUACUCUACUAGAGUACAAUAAUGGGGUCUCAGGAGGAGGCCAAUCACAGAAGGAAGUCCAGAAUUUGCAUGACCACUUACUGCAAGAGAGGAAUACAGUGACACCACUAUCAAGUGCAAUAAACUCCUCUCAACUGCUGCAAGGGUCACCCUGGACAAUUGAAUUUCUCAACAGAAUCAGGGAAAAGAGUAGAUCACGCCAGCAUUCCAUUCUUUCUAAAGUCUCUGCCCCUAGUUAUGGAUACCCAAGGACUAGAUCUAAGGGAACUAAGAGGAGUCCAUCUAUUUUUGAAUUCUACAAGUACCAAGGACAGGGUGCCUCAGAAAGAUCAAUUGAACAAAAGAAGCAAAAGCGAUUUAUACGGCCAUCAUCAUCAUCUAAGGUUGAAAUGGCUUCUGCUUCACACCUUCCAACAUGGACACCAAUUGAUAAAAAAGCAAAACAAACGCUAUCUUUUGCAACAAAUGGAAGUGGAGGGCAAACUAAGCUGGUGUGGAGUGAUAGAGAUUCUCACACUCCAGGCAGAAGAUUUUAGCAAUUUAUUAUGUCAUGAAAUGUGCU